AAGCACGUUGAAAGAUCAGCUGAUCUUUACGACAAACACGUGAUUUGCAGACUCCCUUUCAUUGGUUGAAUCAGGACCGGCAACUGCAGAAAGUUGAAACUUCGUCAAGUUUAGCGAUAACCUUGCUGAAUUUCUGUUUAUAAACAGUUUUGCGUAAGCGUAUGGUUCAAGUUCUGCGUCACGGCAGGGAUGCCGAACGUCAGAUUUUUUAAAAUUAAGGGGGCGGAGGGGAGAUGGCAGGCUAUCUGAACCUAGUCGCCAACACGAUGGACAACUUCACUCAUGGCCUCUCGCUGGGCGGGGCCUUUCUGGUGUCCCUUCGCUUGGGGCUGUUCACCACGUUCGCCAUCCUGGUGCACGAGAUCCCGCACGAGGUGGGCGACUUCGCUAUCUUGCUACGAAGCGGGUUCACCAGGUGGCGCGCCGCCGUCUUCCAGAUACUGACGGCAGGUGGCGGGCUGAUCGGCGCGUUGUCUGCGGUGCAGUUCAGCGGAGCCUCCACGUCUCUGGAAGCGAGAAGUUCUUGGAUAAUGCCCUUUACAGCCGGCACUUUCCUCCACAUCGCAUUAGUGACAGUGCUGCCAGACCUUUUGAAAGAAGAAGACCCCAAAGAGUCCUUCAAACAAAUCGUAGCUUUAAUACUCGGCAUCACCGUCAUGGCGCUCGUAGCGAACGCCUUUGAAUAAACGCACAUUUAUUAAUUUAUUCACUGAGUUUUAUUGGGGUCGAUGUGAUUAUUGGUGAAGAGGUAGUGACGUUAGAAAGCAAGACAUUAUCUCUGAUAAAGGUCUAGAAAGAGCCUACUUGAACUCUUGUAAACACUUUUGUACCGAGGAGAAUGCAACUGACAAAAGCAAGUUUCUGCAAGGUUCCAAAAUAAUAGUGCCAUUUUAGCGGGCUUAUUGAUUUUGUCCCUUGUCUACUAAACCGCCUCUAAGCUCACGUCAAAAAACGGUGAGAAAGUUGAGACAAUUACUACAAGCAAAUUCAAUUUUGAUCAUCCAAAAUUAGAGGAGAGACUAUAUGGAAAAGUCAGAUAAAAAUACAAUUACUCAAAAGCACUAAAAUGCAACAGUUUAUUUCUUGAGAGUUUUCUGAAAAUGAUGUUUUUCACGCUUACUUGCCAAUCAGCUUUUUACGAAAAAAAAAAAAAUAAUAUACGAAAGCUGUGUAGUUCUUUUCUCACAAACCUACAGAGACCAGGCCAGUGUCAAAGUUAUUGCAAAAGAUUGUUAAAUAUGUAACAUUUCCAAUUGAUUGCGUCUACCUAAAAAAAACAUUUAAAUGAAAUUCUGUAAUACUAUACUACUUGGCGAGUAAACAACAAUGCUGCUUCAAGAAUUUGAAAGUACUAUCCAGUAUUUUCUUUCUUUCUGUCAGCUUGCAAACUAUUUCUAAAAAGUUGUAUAUUAUUACAAAAUUGUGAAUGUACUAACUAUAGUAUUUUUAUUAAAAUCCGUUGGUUUUGGAAGUAGAUAUAUAAGCAAUUUGAAAGCGAUCCAUAUUUAACCGUUUUUUUUUCGCAAUAACUUUUCAUUACUUUAUAGAAUAGGUCUCUAAAGAAACUAGGCAACUUUAGUAGAAAACGAUCAAAAUUAAAAAAAAAUGUUUUUCGAGGAAGGCUGAAAAAUAACCACAAAAAAACGUUUUUGUCGAUCUUUGAGCACAGGUUUUGGAAAGAGCACAGGAAAUAAACUGCAUCUUAAUCCGCCUCCGUCCUUAUACAUAUAAUUAAUACUUUUGGAAUUUCGCACAACCUCACUUACUUUUAUGAUUUGCAGUUUCCUCUGUUUUGUAAAGGGCUCUAUUAACAUGGACGCUCAUUAAGGGCGGUGAUGGGUGAGGCAUAUGCCGCUUCCUAGCUUCUGGUUGAUAAAUGAAAUAUACAUAAUACGGCAUCCGUUUCUUGAGCAACGAAAAUUACCUUGCUGCUUGGUUGAUAUGAAUUGUUGAGAUGUGCAGGCCCCUCCAGACACUCAUGCCCUAAAGAGGCAAGUAAUUUUUUUUAACUAAUACAAAAAACCGACUUCAGUAAUUGAAAAGAAUGAACACUCAAUUGUGAUAUCAAGACGAAUAUAUGAGCACCACAAAUGUCAUAAUUGAUCAAGCCAUUUGGGCUGUAUAGAUUGUUAGCCGGUUAAGCUGUAGCUCGAGGAACAGCAAUUUCAAAGCUGGAAUUUUCGAUCAUAAUCCAACAUUUUGACUUUAUAAAAUUUUGCUAUACCCAUACCCACCUUAAGUGUCAAGUGCCCAUAGAAUAGGGACUUCAAAAAGUUGAAAUUUUGGAAUUAAAUCAGCCAAUUUUUAAUACUCGUUUAGCCACUGCUAAAAAAAAUCCAACCACACUUCAUUUAGCAAAAUCGAUCAAACCUGUGGAAUAGAAUUUUUUGAUGACAUACGCACUCGUAAAAUUUAAAGAGAAUUCAAUUUUCAAUCGCCUACAACUUCCUAUCCCGGAGAAAUCUUGCUGAACAUGAUUCUGGAACCGACAAUGUGCCUCCCUUGAAUUUUACUAUAUGGGCGCCCAUGUCUAUUAAAAUGAUUGAAUAAGUUGAUUAAGGAUGCUUAUGACGUCGCUACCUCUUACAUUAAAAUAUUGUACGUCUUUUCAGACUGCAUCCGUUGGUAAGUAAUACAGUUUGCAUAUUGCAAGCAAUUGUGAAUAUUCAUAAAAUCAAAUAACACGUAAUUUAUAGAGGAUUCCAUUCAAUUCAAUCGACUUGAUUGUAACAAGUACAGUACUGUACAAAUGGCCAAUGGUCAUUCACACUCGUCAACCAGAUGACUUAUUUUGGUAAGCCAUCCAGUCAACUGGUUGGAUGUGUUGUAGCUAUGUUUUCUAUAAGAAAUAUCUACAAUGGUCUCAAGCAAACGUUUUCAACAAAACUGUUGUACUGAGUAGCAAUAAACAACUCAUGAGAUGUAUGUUAGAUAAGCAGUCGAACCUUUUGACAAUGCAAAUAUUUGUUGUAUUUUAUUGGAAUACAUUAUUUCUAGAAUCUUGCUUCAAGUGCAAUGGUUUUGUACCAGCCUUUUAUUGAAAACAUGAUGGCUUAAAAAACCUUGAAAGGUAAAUCUUUUGUUGAUUUUGGAAUGAUAAGCAAAUUAUCAGUUUUUUCAUAUUAACGGGCGAAUUCAAGGAACUUCAGAACCCGUUUAAUUCAAAUGGCUGUUGAUAUGAAGGGAAUGCUGUCGUUCCCUGAAUGCACUAAUCUCUGAAUGUAAAUAUUGGUUUAUUUGUUCGAACCGUGUGAGUGUAUUGCUCCUAAACAAAAUGUUUUCAAGGACAACUAUGGGUUAUUAUUUGUGGUAACUGGAGGCAUAUUUCUAAAAUAUUCAGGGAGUCCCAAUUUUGAGCCACAUAUCAAAGUUGAUUUUUCUUAAAUUGAAUGCUGUAGAUAGAUAGAUAGACCAUUUUAAGGAACAAGAUUUAUAUAAAAUACUUUCGGGUUUUGGUUAUUGGUUAUUGAAUGAAUAUUUUAUAUAAAAAACAUCAAAAUUUGACUGCCUGCAGAUAUGCUAUGUUGAAAGGUGACCGUGAAUUUUGCUUCAAAAAUUUUUUACUUUACUCAAUUUAUCCAUUUUUUUUUAUGAUCUGAAACAAAAUGUACGUCUUAGCAAAGAAAUUAAAUUCUCACUACCGGAUCUUGUUUAAUAUACAUUUUGUUUUAUACGUUUGUUCAAUCCAUAAAUAGUUUUUUUUGAAAGCAUUGUUAAGGGACAAUACGCCUUCCUCGCACGGCUGGGACACCAUGUAAUACCAUCGUGAUUUUUUACAAACGAACAACCUUAGUAGAAAUAUAUCUUUCUACUUAUUAAAUAUCGAACAAAACAUUGACUUUGUAGCCUGACAGUAUUUUUUUGGGAUUAACUUUAAGAUUAUCCUGUUAGGAAAUGCAAUUGUAAUUAGAAAACCCUGAUAAAACUAGGUGAAGUUAUUGAAUUUAACUGUGUUAACAGAGUUGCCAUAUAUAUUUUAUAUUUGCUAGUGAUAUAUGAUUGUAAAAGUGUACAUAUUGUAACAGUAUUUUAAGGUACUUUAGUGUAAUAUCAGACUAUUUUCAUUUUUCGUAAAGAAGAGUAUACAUACGUAC